GGAGGCCAUGGUGGCGUUUCUGUGCAGCGGGCUGCCGCACUAUGAGGGCACGCGGCCGGUCAACUAUGACUCGCUGGAGGGCCACGGCAACAGGGGCAAUAGCAGCGACAGCGACAAUGGAAGCAAGGACGAAGACGAGGAGGAGGUGGGCGAGUGGGAACGCGGGCGGGAGCCGGAGCCGGAGCCGGAGCCGGAGCCAGUGGCGGCAGCCGCAGCCGCAGCCGCAGACGCUGACGCUGCAGUGGCAGCGCUCGAGGGCUGGGUGGAUUUCGACGAGCUGCGCCUGGCAGUAUGCGCGGCACUUCAGCUCACCGGCGGCUGCCGCAUCGGGCACGGGCCCCAGGGGCGGUGGGAGACCGAGUACAUGCUAUUCUACGACAUCGACACCGGCACAGCCGGAGAGGAGGAGCGCAUGGCCGUGCAGAUGGCCAAGCCGGGCGUCUCCGCAGAGGCGUUUGGAAGCGAGAUCCUUACGCUGGCGUAUAUCGGCGAGAAAAGCGCUUUGCCGGUGCCGCGCGUGCUGCACGCGGAGCUUUCCGGAACCAGCUGCGGCAGGGUGGGCGCGGCGUAUGCGGUGGUGACGGUGGUCGAGGGCGAGGGCCUGGCGCCGCACUGGCACAGGUGGGGCGGCAAGGAGCGCAGGCAGGUGCUGGAUCAGAUUGCCCUUCUGGCUGUCGGAUUAAGCGAGCUUCAGCUGCCGAUGAUCGGCGCCCUGGUGGCCGACAGCAACGGCGGCGGCGUGGUGGUCGGCCCGGUGCUGGACCGCCGCAUGGGCGAGCCCGGGUACGCGGGCCCUGGGCCCGAUAUGGGCCCGUUUGCCAGCGCACUGGAGUUCCACCGCGCAAUGGUAUAUGCGUCCUUGGGGCGCAGCCAGAAUUGCCGCCAGGACCGCGUCGAGCUCGAAGCGUACCUGCAUAUGGCACCGGCAUUCUCCACAGUCAACGAGUUUGCACUGAUGCCGCGCGCGCUGGACCUCGGCCACUUCCGCGUCGACCCACGCUCCCUGCGGAUCACCGGUAUUGUCGACUGGACUUUUGCCGGUAGUCGCCCAGUGUCGCUUGUGGUGCAGCCGCCGGCCUUUGCCUUUGACGACACGCCGAGGUGGGAGCCGCCGCUGCUUGAGCCAAGGCUGAGGCAUCGCAGGAAUUUGGUCAGGCAGCGGAGGUGGUUUUUGAAGGCGCUGCGCAGACAUGCUGGGGCGCGGAUGCUUGGGCACGAGAGAGUGCGGAUGCUGGCUGAAUGGGUUGAUCUGGGCUACUGGCCGUACAAGUUCCAUGUCGAGGUGUGCGAGAGCGUCGCUUAUGGUAACCCGUGGAGCUUCCGUGCAUUGUGGGAGCACGUGCAUCCCAAUGAGGACUUUGCUGUGUGGUUUGCGCUGGCGCUGGCUAGCAUCGGACAGCAGCAAAGCCAUCCAGCAGCAGCAGCAAAACUAUCAGCACCAGCAUCAGCACCAGCACCAGGCGGAUGGAUGAGGGUUUUUUUUGCUGAAAAGAAUCCAGUUUUCUUU